GUUCUCUCUCUUUCUCACAGUGCAAAUGCUAAUAAGAACUACGAAGCCUUAGUUCUUUUAUAUAUAUAUAGGAGAAGGCAGAGGAGAGAAAGUGCGCCUCAUCACUUUUUCUGGUUUCUUGGGAUACAGAAUUCUCAUUCAAUGGCCCUUUAAAUCUCCAGGGCUAGCCCCUCGAUCGAUUCUACCCAUUAUUUUUGCUUUUGAUCUUCUUCUGCGGCUGUUUUUCUUGCUGGGCUUCACUCAAACAUGGCGUCUGACAAGGGUAUCGAUCUUGAGCAGAUCAAGAACGAGACCGUUGAUCUGGAAAAAAUUCCCAUUGAAGAAGUGUUCGAGCAGCUGAAAUGCUCAAGAGAAGGUUUAUCUGGAGCGGAAGGAGAAAACCGGCUCCUGAUCUUUGGACCCAACAAACUAGAAGAAAAAAAGGAAAGCAAAUUUCUCAAGUUUCUGGGAUUCAUGUGGAAUCCCCUUUCAUGGGUCAUGGAAGCUGCUGCUAUUAUGGCAAUUGCAUUGGCAAAUGGUGAUGGAAAGCCCCCAGAUUGGCAAGACUUUGUCGGUAUCUUUGCCUUGCUGGUCAUCAACUCUACCAUCAGUUUUAUUGAGGAGAACAAUGCUGGGAAUGCUGCUGCAGCUCUCAUGGCUGGUCUUGCUCCUAAAACUAAGGUGCUUAGGGAUGGUAAAUGGACCGAGCAAGAAGCUGCAAUUCUGGUUCCAGGUGACAUCAUUACCGUCAAAUUGGGAGACAUCAUCCCUGCUGAUGCCCGUCUUCUUGAAGGUGAUCCUUUGAAGGUUGAUCAGUCCGCCCUUACCGGAGAGUCACUUCCGGUGACUAAAAGUCCAGGGGAUGAAAUUUUCUCUGGCUCAACUUGUAAGCAAGGAGAAAUUGAAGCUGUGGUUAUAGCUACGGGUGUUCAUACUUUCUUUGGGAAGGCGGCACAUCUUGUGGAUAGCACCAACCAGGUUGGACACUUCCAGAAGGUGCUCACUGCAAUUGGGAACUUCUGUAUUUGCUCCAUUGCCAUUGGAAUGUUGAUUGAGAUCAUAGUCAUGUACCCUAUUCAGCACCGAAAGUACAGGGAUGGAAUUGACAAUCUUUUGGUUCUCUUGAUUGGAGGCAUCCCCAUUGCCAUGCCCACCGUCUUGUCAGUGACAAUGGCUAUUGGGUCUCACAAGCUGUCUCAGCAGGGUGCCAUCACCAAGCGAAUGACUGCAAUUGAAGAGAUGGCUGGCAUGGAUGUGCUUUGCAGUGACAAGACAGGGACACUAACCCUCAACAAGCUUAGUGUUGACAGAAACUUGGUUGAGGUGUUUGCUAAGGGUGUUGAUAAGGAACAUGUGAUUUUGCUUGCUGCAAGGGCUUCUAGGACUGAAAACCAGGAUGCCAUUGAUGCUGCCAUUGUUGGAAUGCUUGCUGACCCUAAAGAGGCUCGGGCUGGUGUUAGAGAGAUUCACUUCUUACCAUUCAAUCCUGUGGACAAGAGAACUGCUUUGACUUACAUUGAUGGUGAUGGAAACUGGCACCGAGCAAGCAAAGGUGCCCCUGAGCAGAUCUUGACCCUUUGCAACUGCAAGGAGGAUAUUAAGAGGAAGGCUUUUGCUGUUAUUGAUAAGUUUGCUGAACGCGGACUUAGAUCGUUGGCUGUUGCUAGACAGGUAGUGCCAGAAAAAGCCAAGGAAAGUCCUGGCAGUGCAUGGCAAUUUGUUGGUUUGUUGCCCCUCUUUGAUCCUCCAAGACAUGACAGUGCAGAAACCAUCCGAAGGGCUCUCAAUCUUGGUGUUAAUGUCAAGAUGAUUACUGGUGAUCAACUUGCCAUAGCAAAAGAAACCGGUCGAAGACUGGGAAUGGGAACAAACAUGUACCCAUCUGCUUCUUUACUUGGUCAACACAAGGAUGAAAGCAUUGCUGGCCUUCCCAUUGAAGAGUUGAUUGAAAAGGCAGAUGGGUUUGCUGGAGUAUUUCCAGAGCACAAGUAUGAAAUUGUGAAAAAGUUGCAAGAGAGUAAGCACAUCUGUGGAAUGACUGGAGAUGGUGUCAAUGAUGCCCCUGCUUUGAAGAAGGCUGAUAUUGGAAUUGCUGUUGCUGAUGCUACUGAUGCUGCAAGAGGUGCUUCUGACAUUGUUCUCACAGAACCUGGGUUGAGUGUUAUUAUCAGUGCAGUGCUGACUAGCAGAGCUAUAUUCCAAAGAAUGAAGAACUACACUAUUUAUGCAGUCUCCAUCACCAUUCGUAUAGUGUUUGGUUUCAUGCUUAUUGCUCUGAUAUGGAAAUUUGAUUUCUCUCCCUUCAUGGUUCUGAUCAUUGCCAUUCUAAAUGAUGGAACAAUUAUGACAAUCUCAAAGGACAGAGUGAAGCCCUCUCCUCUACCUGAUAGCUGGAAACUGAAAGAGAUAUUUGCUACAGGGGUUAUUCUUGGAGGAUACUUGGCAUUGAUGACUGUCAUAUUCUUCUGGUUAAUGAAGGAAACUGACUUCUUCCCUGACAAAUUUGGUGUCAGACACAUCAAGGAUAGCCCCAAAGAAAUGAUGGCUGCUUUAUACUUGCAAGUGAGUAUUGUGAGCCAGGCUCUGAUAUUUGUGACUCGAUCUCGCAGCUGGUCCUUCGUCGAACGCCCUGGACUGCUACUACUCACCGCUUUCGCAAUUGCACAACUGAUUGCAACUGUCAUUGCUGUAUACGCCAACUGGGGCUUUGCCAAGAUACACGGAAUGGGUUGGGGAUGGGCUGGAGUCAUCUGGCUUUACAGCAUUGUCUUCUACAUUCCACUUGACAUAAUCAAAUUUGCCAUCCGCUACAUCUUAAGCGGGAAGGCUUGGCUGAACUUGCUAGACAACAAGACUGCCUUUACCACCAAGAAAGACUAUGGCAGGGGAGAGAGAGAGGCUCAAUGGGCUCUUGCUCAGAGAACCCUCCAUGGGCUUCAACCACCAGAAACUACUACUCUCUUCCCUGAAAAGAGCAGCUACAGAGAGCUGUCUGAGAUUGCAGAACAAGCCAAGAGGCGAGCUGAGGUUGCAAGGCUUCGAGAGCUUCACACGCUCAAAGGGCACGUCGAGUCGGUGGUGAAGCUGAAAGGGCUGGACAUUGAGACAAUCCAGCAGCAUUACACAGUGUGAAGAAGCAGAAGCAAGAGUUAUCAGAGGGGGAGAAGGGCAGCAUGCAGUUUGAUGCCCUCCCUGCACAAACCAAGGAGAGAAAAAAGAAGGCCUAACUAGUUAAACCUUUCUAGAUAGGAUGACAUGUUUGUGCUAAAAACUCUCCUCUUUUUACUUUUUCCGUACGUAUUUUGAGUGCCGAAGAAAGGGUUGUCUUUGGUUUCUUCCUGCUCUGGUGUAGGAGCGGUGUAGUUACUUUUUUUCACACAGCUUUUCUAGCUUUAAGUUGUGCUCCUUUUUCCUUCCUUCUGAUGAGCCUUGGUGCUGCUAUGUUAAUCUUUUAAAUGCUUUCCAUGUUGUAUGCCGUCAUCAAAUGGCAAUGACCAAAUGUAAACAUAUAUAAUAUCUGAGAUGGACCUGGGAGAAUAAGAGUGCAUGGAACUUUUACGGCCAUGUUCAAAUUCUGGAUU